AUGCUAGCAGGCUGCAAAUCACCACGGCUCCUGGGGAAAUCAGCUAAUAUAGGGCAACAACCCACUAAACUCAGCCGGAAACGCCCUGGAAAAACGUGGCACAAGUUCCUGGAGUGUCCCGGUGCAGCUAGAGCACCUGAAAUCGGGUGGAUCUGGGGCUUGAGGACUGAGGCCUACCCGGGAGGGGCGCAUACGGCCGCUGCCUCGCUCUCCAUCCCGGCUACAGUGAACAAAAACGCAACUGGAGCCCUCCCUAGGCGACUUGGCGCCGACCGCCAAUGACUGCCAUGAGGCCUCAACAAAAUGGCCGAACGUGAUGCAACUACCCCACAGGCCACACUGAUGCAGACCCUACACACCACGUAGCCAUGAACAACCCUGGAUUGCAAAUGUGGUGGAGAGGAGGAGAAGGCAACCUACAACGCUACUGCCUAUUCACACUGCAAGCUCAGUGCAAGUCCCAGGCGAGAGCACCUCACCUCAACCUCCUACCACCAAGAUCGUGGGCCACCACUGGAGGAAACACCAUCCACUUACAACAGCUCUGCUACACAGCUACCAGCACCUGGACGCUGUGGUCUGCACAACGCAACACCUAUACUCACCCUACGACUGGGUAACACGACCAUAGCGACCCUUGGAUACUAUACCCGGUUGCGGGCUUUAGGAAACCUAGUGGACUUUGGGUGCCAGUGGAGGAAACCUAUCAACAGCAUGCACAACGCAAGUAACACCAGCUGUCCUACCUCCCCACGAAGUCAAGGAAGGCACAAACCGCGAAACUCACCAUUGACAGCCUCACCAAAGGACACUCUGGCAGCACUCACCGCUACACGGACAUAA